CCUUCAGUCUAGGGACAAAAAACAAUGAAAUAAUUGAAUGAGAAAAGCUCAACUUUAGCUUUGACCCCCCAACUCAAUCUCUUUCUCUUACACAUAAUAAUCCAGACACCCAACGCUUUCGAACGCUUACUAAAGCUUUCUUUAUUCUCUCCCUCACCCCCCCUCUCUCCACUGAUUUCUGGAAGAGAAGGAGAUCCCUUUCCCUCUUUCUCUCUAUUAUACAGUAGUGCUCUUUUUCUUCAGCUAAAGAAAAACCCUAAAGUUCUGAUCUUUGAAACCAGAGAUCGUAUUAUGCUAAAGCAAAGCCGUGCUUUGGUGUGGGGAAAGUGAACCAUUUAUGUUUUCUAAUGGUGAGCCUCAUGAUUUUGGAACUGGGGGGUGAGUGAUGGGUUUUGCUGAAUUUGAUCCAUUUAAAGUGUCUGUAUUUCUUCCGAUGGCCUCAAAAAUUGGUAGUAGAGCUCCCUCAGAACAGCAGCAAAAAACAGCUAGUAAUCAAACUGUAGAGACAAAUAUUCGCAGGCCCUCACCUUUACAGAUUUCAAAAACAAGCAAAUCAGAGCCUGCUACCCCCAAAAAGCUACCAAGAUCUGUGCAGCAAAUUCCAUUGAAGCAGAUUACAGUAGAGGCCGCUGAAGACAAAAAAUCAAAAAAUUCUCAACAGAAGGGGUCAGUAGAUUUGGGACCUGAUAAAUUAGAAUCAAAUGCUUCAGCGGGUGGUCUGAAGGAACUGCCAAAGAAGGCAGAUCUUGUUGUAAAUGGCACUAGGGGCUCACUUGAAGGAGUUGUGGAAGAAAAGAAAACAUCCGAGUUCAGCAGUGUUAAGGAAAGCUCAGCUUCUGCAAAAGUUAGUGAUGGAACCAGCAGUAUCACCAAGACCAGCGGUAGUGCCAAAAUUAGUGGCCGUGCUGAUUUUGUUGAGAGUGGCAAGAGCAGUAUAUGCAGAGGAAGCACAAGCAGUGAUGUUAGUGAUGAGAGCACCUGCAGCAGCCUUAGUAGCAGCAUCAGCAAGCCUCACAAAGCAAAUGAUUCGAGAUGGGAAGCUAUACAGGUUGUCAGAACCAGAGAAGGGGUAUUAGGUUUGAACCAGUUCAGAUUGCUGAAGAGGUUGGGCUGUGGAGAUAUUGGGAGUGUCUACUUGUCAGAGUUGACUGGGACGAAGUGUUAUUUUGCAAUGAAGGUUAUGGACAAGGCUUCUCUUGCAAGUCGGAAGAAGCUGCUUCGGGCUCAGACAGAAAGAGAGAUACUGCAGUCUUUGGAUCACCCGUUCCUCCCAACAUUGUAUACCCAUUUUGAGACUGACAAGUUCUCAUGCUUGGUGAUGGAAUUUUGUCCUGGAGGAGACUUGCACACCCUUCGGCAACGGCAACCGGGGAAACAUUUUUCUGAACAGGCGGUGAAGUUUUAUGUAGCAGAGGUCCUCCUAGCUCUUGAGUACCUCCACAUGCUUGGGAUAGUCUACCGCGACCUCAAGCCAGAAAAUGUCCUCGUAAGAGAGGAUGGUCACAUAAUGCUCUCGGAUUUUGACCUCUCUCUCCGAUGUGCCGUCAGCCCAACACUUGUCAAGUCUACAUUAGGUGAAUCUGAACCCUUCCGGAAGAAUGGCAUGUACUGUGUCCAGCCAACAUGCAUUGAACCCUCUUGCAUACAACCAGCUUGUGUGGUCCCAACCACAUGUUUUUCGCCACGCCUCUUUUCCAGCAAAUCGAAGAAGGACCGGAAGCCAAAAAAUGAGAUUGGGAACCAAGUCAGUCCAUUACCGGAGCUCAUCGCUGAGCCAACAGGUGCAAGGUCGAUGUCUUUUGUUGGGACCCAUGAGUACUUGGCUCCUGAAAUCAUCAAAGGUGAAGGUCAUGGGAGUGCUGUAGACUGGUGGACUUUUGGGAUCUUCCUUUAUGAGCUCUUGUUCGGUAAGACUCCCUUCAAAGGGUCAGGUAACAGGGCAACCCUUUUCAAUGUAGUGGGUCAGCCACUUCGAUUCCCGGAAUCACCAAUUGUCAGUUUCUCCGCAAAGGAUCUGAUAAGGGGUCUUCUUGUAAAGGAACCACAACAUAGGUUGGCAUACAAGCGUGGUGCAACAGAGAUUAAGCAACACCCCUUCUUUGAAGGAGUGAACUGGGCUUUGAUACGUUGUGCGAGCCCUCCUGAGAUCCCUAAGGUGGUAGAGAUUGAUAGGAUUUCAGCACCCACGACAUCUACAAGUGUGAAGCCUGUUGCUACUCCUGCAGAUCAGAAAAGCUCUGAUAAUUAUCUUGAAUUUGAUUUCUUUUAGUGGUUCAGUGAACUGAUUUGCAAUUCGUUUGUAUCCAAGGGAAGAUGUAGAGUUUUCUGAACAUUUCAGAUACAGGUGGUGGUGGUGGUUCUUGAGGGAAGGGAGAUGGGGGGGGGGGGGGGUGGGAGAGGAGGAGGUUGGUAUAUUGAUAGAUCAUAUGUUUGUUGUUAUUGGGAACGAUUCCAGAUUUGUAUUGAGCCAGAGUUUUUGUAUAUUGAUAGAUCAUAUGUUUGUUGUAAUGGGCAACAAUUCCAAAUUUGUAUUGCAAAAGGUGUAAGUGUUAAAAUCA